AUGCAAGUUAAAGCGCUCAAUGUUGCCCAACACAAACCAGCAUACCAUUCUUACUCGCGUAAAGGUGACGCAUUUGACGCCAGUAACGCUGUAGACAGAGGUAAAUCAGACCUGAGUGAGUAUGGAGGUCAAUGUGCUGUGUCCUAUGCCAUAACAAGCGCCACCUGGUGGGUGAACCUGACGACCAUCCACAGCAUCCAUCACAUCACCAUCUAUUUCAGGACGGACAAUAAUCCAUGGGGUCCUUCUAAUUUGCUCACUAAGUACUUCCUUGGAUUCUCGGUGUACGUCUCCAACACAACAGACAGACAACAGGGAACACUGUGUUACCAGGACGACAACUUUACACGGGCCACCAUACCUGCUGUCUUCACCACCACCUGUCCUGUACAUGGACAGUACGUCAUAUACUACAACGAGAGACUACCAGGAGUUACCUACCCUGACGAGUACUCUUAUUCUGUUGCCACUUUACUGUGUGAAGUAGAGGUGUACGGAUGUCCUGCUACGGGAUGUUACGGGUCAAGCAAUACCUUCCCCUGUCCAGACGUUAACUGUCAGUACUGUCACAUAGAGACGGGCACCUGCCAAGGCUGUAACCCUGGAUAUCGAGGUUACCGAUGUGAACUAGGUAAAGCUGCUUAUGUGCAACUCUAAAGUAAACAAAUUAUAAUAAACAUAUACGGCUAUAGUCUUGACAUUUAAGCCUUGCAAUUAACAGUGCGACGUAUGUAAUUAAAUAUCUUUCAAGA